UCCAAAUCCAACUCAUUUGGAAUUUUUCAAACGUUGUAGCAAGGCACUUUCUUGAUCCUCGCACUUUUGCUGCAACUUUCUGCCGGUUUUUGGGCUCGUCUCGGCCUGAUCCACAGCCACGACCUGCUUCAAUUGAUAUGACUUUUCUGAUCCUUUUUGAUUUUGACAGCGAACACAGCCGGGAUCCAGUAUAAUUCCAGAUUUCCGCGUCGUAUUAUAUGAGUUUAGUUUUUCAUUCGAUUACAACUACUACUACACGAUCACAAUAUAAACCUCAUAGCUAAAAACCAUGACCCCGCCACCCCCAGUCACGGGCACGAGCGCGGCUUCCGCUUCCUCGGGCAGCACGACAGCAAAAACAAAGCAUGACAAUAAACACGACCCUACUCGCACGAAACCCUCCGUCCUCGCCCAGAUCCUGGGAAACUCCUCCGAGGAAGCCAUCCGGAACACCAAACUUCUCGUCGUGGGCGCGGGGGGGAUUGGGUGCGAGGUGUUGAAAAAUCUGGUCCUGCACGGGUUCCGGAGGAUCGAGGUGACGGAUUUGGAUACCAUAGAUGUGACGAAUCUCAACCGCCAGUUCCUGUUCCGCAAGCACCACGUCGACCAGUCGAAAUCCUCCGUGGCGUGUGAAACGGUAAAGAAAUUCCUUCCGGUGGGCGAGUUAGAGAACUUACAGUUGACGAGCCACCGGCAAGACGUGAAAACCUUCGACAUGGAAUUUUUCAAGAAGUUUGACGUGAUAGUGAACUGCCUGGACAACAUUGGCGCGCGGCAUCACGUCAAUCGGGUCUGCGUUGGACUAGGAAUGCCGCUGUUGGAGGCUGGGACAACUGGGUAAGCACUUAUGGUUUUUUUGUUUCUUCAGCAUCAGUGUGUUAUAGUUUUUGGAGAUCUGGACAUGAUGUUUUUGUGCUCUCGUCCUGCUGUAGUUCUUCUUAGGCGCUCCCAUCAAGUUAUUAAAAACUCCCGAUGAAAUAAAUGUUGAACAAAAACAGCUACGCCGGGCAAUCCACUGUGCACAUCCCGCACAAAACGGAAUGCUACGAGUGCUUGAGCCGCCCAAAGCCGAAGAAGUUCCCGGUCUGCACGAUUCGCAAAACGCCGGAUAAGCCGAUUCACUGUGUCACUUGGGCGAAACACUUGUUCGACGCUCUGUUCGGCCCCAGCGACGACACUGGCAAUGUUUUAUCCGAUUUGAGGGACUCUUUGGCGAUAAGGAAAACUGGAACUGGAUCAUCAACAACAUCUGCAGGAGAUGAAAAUCAAAAUCACGGCGAUUCGGAUUCUGUCGUCGCCGCCGCGUUGAAUCUAGUCGACAAGCUUUUUCGCGACGACAUCCAGGCACUGUAUUCUUCGGGGGAGAUAAAAAAAUCGUGGAGUGCGGGCAGACCAAAACCGAAAUUGUUGAAGAAAGUGGAGGAACUGCUUUUGGUGGAUAGUUGUACAGCAGGAGAUGGAGAUGAGCCAGGAGCCGUUACCGUUAGCAUACAAGACGCCGUCGUCGAGGCAGACGAGACGGUCGUGGAAGACGAUCAAGAGAAUCCAGCAGAUUUGGCCCUCGGAAUGCAGAAGUCCGGGAUCGACGGAGUACUACUGCCCAACCCGACAGAGGCGCAGGAACUAGAACUACAGAAAGAACAAAUCCCACAACGACCAGCAGGCGUGCCAACAGCGACGACCAAAAAGAUAGCGAAGCUUCUCGCCGAUUUCUGCCAAAAGGAAAAGACCCAAUACGACUGGAACUCGGACCAGAACAAAAUUUGGACGGCGAAACGAACGGUGUUGAAACUUAUCCAGUCUGUCGUUGACACAGUGGCAGUGUUGAAGAAACAAGACGGAGAUAAAACCAUUUCUACAGUGACUUUCUCGAAGGAAAACGAAACCUCGGUCGAUUUCGUCACCGCAGUGUCGAAUCUGCGCUCGCUCAAUUACAGCAUCAAGCCGAUUCAAACGAAGUGGGAAGUCACGAGUAUGGCUGGAAACAUCGUACCAGCGAUCGCGACCACGAACGCGAUUGUGGCCGGACUGCAGGUGGCAAACUUGAUGCACUUGGUGGUUACGGAUAGGCUGGAGGAACUCGUCAAGCAGGAUGAAAACCCGAAAGGCACUACGGGAAGAACCGGGGGACCACAGGACUCAUCUACUACAGCAGGAGCCUCAGGGCCAGCGGCCUCAACCGUCGUGCCAGCAAAGCCGCAUCAAAACCCGACGACUACUAGACGAGGACAGCCCCAACGGAACGUGCUGCAGGACCUUUUCCUCACUUCUGCACCACCCCCGGCCGGAUUCCUGGCCCCCGACGUGAAGAUGAACAAGAACACGACAAGCUCAACAAAAGAGCCUCCUCCCCCUGCUCCGUCUUCAGCGACCACCUCCUUCCCCGCCGUUUCCAUAAACCACUCCCUCUGCCGCGACGCGUUUCCCCAGUACCCGGAGCCUUCGAGAACGCGACGCGGCAACUUCAUCAUCACCUCCGGGCCCUUGCAGAAACCCAACCCUAACUGCCUCGUCUGCGGCGAGCACGGGUCGGAAAGCAGCAAAAAAGUCACACUGUACUUGGCGGAGGAGGAGAUGAUAAACAAAACCACCAUCGCGGAGUUUGUAACCGUCUGCCUCAAGUCCUAUUUCCACUUCCACGAGCCCAGCGUGAGCCUGCAAAACCUGGACUCUUUCGCGCAAAUCUACGAUCCCGAUUACCCGACCGCCUGCGAGGAGGCUUUGGAAGAGGGAUUGCAUCCAGACUGGGCGCUGGGAAAAUUGAACGUUAGAAACGACUCCCGCUUGACCUUUUGCGACGAGUCGCAGGUCGGGUGCGAAUUUGAUGCCGUGGUCGUUGUUGUGCCGCAAGAGGACUGGAACGAGGAAAACUAUCCUGAGUUCUUCGCUGUGAACGCGGUCGAGUGUGAUUUGAAAAAUGUGAAGAAAGAGGAGGUGGACCUCCAGGUAGAAAAACAGAGCAAGCAGCAGGGUCGUGAUCACCACGACUCAUCAAACGCAGAUCAACAAGUAGAACAUAAGGGACGAAACAAGACCGAGCAAGAUGCUAAGCAGCACCUCACUUCCGCCGUAGAGCUGCUUUCGGAUGACGACGACGAGGAAGAGGAUGAAAAGCCUGCUCUGAAAAAGCAGAAGGUUGGAAAGUGACGAAAUGCGCGAUAUUCUUGUCGUGCGCACUUACUUAAACAUAAUUUUAUCAGCCGACGAGGCCAGUGAUGUAGUCUCUUUAGGAGAGGGAAAAAAAAAUGGAGUAUGAACACUUCGCCCGCAUGUAUACAACAGCACCUCGUCACGACAAUACGACGAUUUCCA